AUGUAUUUGCGGUAUCCGUUAGCAAGUAUCUGGCACAAGGGAUCAAUCGUCAAUCAAAAGCAAGGUGAGAGUGUAACUGUUGCAGCUAUUUUAGCAUCAACGAAGGACACGCAGCCGCUGCCGCAAACAUUUCGCCCGAAGGCCGACGGCACAAAGCGUGCGCCGCGUAUCGCUCGCCACGCGCCCUGCGAUUUCCUGUUCGACGGCUAUCCGCUUACAUCACUGCUCUCUGUAGCCCGGCUUAGGAGCACCCAGGGGACGCCCUGUUGCUCAGUUGGCCCGAAUUGUUACUACGAUCGUCGCGUUUUCAGAGUAUCUCAUUUCUGUUGGGCGUCCGUGUGCCUGAAGGCUUGGAGUCCCGACCGGCUCGCGUCGAUGUGGACAAUC